UUCAGACCCAAGCAAAUACACCAUUGGUCCGGUCCUAAGGUAUCUUUCAAUAUUGCACCGCGAUUUUCAUGUGUUUGAUCCGAUCCUUCUCGGACCAGGCCGAUGCCCACCCCUACGAACGAGCUUCGCCGAGCCAUAAGUUUCUUUGAUAUAGUAUAGUGUUAUUGACCGCGGUACUCCAAUCGGUAUUUAUAAUGAUUCUACUAAAAUUUUGGAUGGAAUUAGAUAUUUUGUCUAUUUUUCAUAAAAUAACUAUUAUUAUAGCGAACUUGAAAGUUGUGGUGAUGCAAGCUGUAUUUUGCCAAUAAAAAAACUGAAUUGCUAUUCGUCGCCCUAAAAUUCAAUUUUUGUCGCCCUAAAAUGCAUCAAAUUGACACUUUUAACCUCUGACCCCGAUUUCUAACAAAACCCUAAACAAACAAUCCAUUUCCCUGGCCAGCCGCCGCCUAACUCCUCUGUCCUCCGGUCGCUUCUGCCGCUGUCGGACUCUUCUCGCGGGCAGCUGUCCACCUAAACCCUACCAUCACCGAUGCUCGGCCUAUACUGUCAGAGUCGAUACCAAGUAGGAGGAACAAGGCGAAGAAAAAGAAGGUCGGCGAAGCGGGGAGGAAAUUGACAGAUAUUGAUUUCUAUGUUCGAGAAUUGCACAAGGUCUCUACCAAAAAAAAUUGCACAGGGACAUGGAAGGUGGCGGCGAAGCGGCGCCGGAAAUUUGCAGACGAUGAUAAUUUUUGGAAAUUCUUUUUUAUUUGUAUAAUUUUUUAAUGGUUACAUUUGGUGUAAUUGUAACUUGUAAAUCAUUAAUCUUUUAUAUUUUAUUUUGUUAUUGAGGGAUGUAUAGUUGUAUGUGUUGGGAGCAAACGUCGCAACACUAAUAUAUGGACAGUUGUUCAUUCAAAUUGCCUAAAAUUAAAUUAAGGAUAUUUAAGUAAUUUUGAUAAAAUUUAGGGCAGAAUAUUGAAAUAAAACAUGGGUCGGUAUUUCGAUUUCCUAUUUGUUUCCCCAAAACUGAAUCGGAAUUGAACUUCGGCCUGCGGCUACUAAUACAGAGGCGCGAAGAGAGUCGGCGCGAAAGGAGAGCUUCGGCCGCAUCCCCGGCAGUCAAAUCUUCGGUUUUCCCCACCGUCCGAGUUUCUGUUCCCCGGCGACUGAAGGAGAAGAAGCAGAAGAGCGAAGAUGGGAGAGCGUAAAGUUCUGAACAAGUACUAUCCGCCCGACUUCGAUCCGGCGAAGCUGCCCCGUGCCCGGCGGCCAAAGAACCAGCAAAUCAAGGUCCGAAUGAUGCUUCCUAUGAGCAUCCGAUGCAACACCUGCGGCAAUUACAUCUACAAGGGGACCAAGUUCAAUUCUCGCAAGGAAGAUUGCAUCGGCGAGACGUAUCUGGGGAUACAGAUUUUCCGAUUCUACUUCAAAUGCACCAGAUGCUCGGCCGAGUUGGCCAUGAAGACCGACCCCCAGAACUCCGAUUACGUCAUGGAGAGUGGUGCCACGAGGAACUUCGAGCCGUGGCGUGCGGAGGAUGAGGAAGUCGACGGGGUUAAGCGGAAGAGAGAGGCUGAGGAGAUGGGCGAUGCGAUGAAGGCACUGGAGAACAGAACUCUGGAUUCCAAGCAGGAGAUGGAUAUUCUCGCCACACUUGAUGAGGUGAAGUCGUUGAAAUCGAGACAGGCGAUGGUCAGCGUGGAUGCUAUGCUUGAGGCUUUGCAGCGCACUGCGGCGGAUAAGGAGAAGAGGUUGGAGGAAGAAGAUGAAAAACUCAUAAGAUCGAUAUUCCAAAAGCCAAGAGAAAUUAUACGAAGGAUUGAAGAUGAUGAUUCUGAUGACGAGGAUGAUUUGGAAAUGUUUGGCUUUCCUUCUAAGAAGAGACUGGUUGAUGUGGAAAAUCCAGGGCAGCCUACAGAUGCACUGAUAAAUGCCGGUGCCGCAGAUAGCUCCAGUGGAAAAGAUAACUCAAGCGACCCCGGGAAAAAGAGUGAAGCUAAGCCGAGUGCCAGAGCUCCAAUGAUGAGAAUAUUGGUGAAGAAGAAGCCAGACGUCUCUGCUGGGAACAAGCAGGUAGAGAAAACUGCAGAGGCUAAGCCCGUGGAGGAGAGUAAACCCACUGACGGCGGACUCCAAUCCCUCCUCCAAAAUUACGAGGAUAGUGAUGAUGGAAGCGAAUGAUCAAUGCCACCCUAUUCAAAACUGAUGAUUGAUUGAAUUUUGUACCGGCCAGCCUCCACCAAUGGCGAAGUUUGAUCAUUGUACCUGUGUGAACUUAUCACUUCAUAGCUUUGUGUUCGAACACGAACUCAAAACAUUGAGGAAGUCUGCAACAUUUGUGGG